AUGAGAACUGCUGAGUGUGGAAGCCCGGGGCCUGCCGAGCGGUGCAUAACGGGGCCCUCGCCUCCCGCGCGGGCUGAUACUCGCGCAAGUGCGGACGCGGCGGGGAUUGUUCGCGGCGCCCAGAUUCCCAGCGACGCUCUGGCAAUCCCCUGCCCCGCCUCGCCGGAGAUCGCCGCGGAGAGUGCUGAGCGGGGGAUCGCGCUCGCGGUGACCGCGGGGCUGCUCGACCACGGGGGGGCUGGUGUCGAGGAGAGUGGGGACGCGCAGGGGACCGCUGAUCGCCCUCUCUGCACUGACGAGGGUCGCGAUGCUCAGGAGAAAGGCGGCGAGGAGAGGGCUGCCGAGGAGGCUGACGCAGAGGCGAGCGCCCGCGCUCCUGACGCGGCUGACCGUCAGGGCGGUUCGACGCAACACGCGCGGGGGCCCACGAAUAUUCCGGCGAGGUGGGCCGCGCAGCAGGCUGAAGAGGAAGAGUUAGCCCACGCUCAAAGCGGCGUACGGGCUCGCUUGCGGAGGGGCGCGCAGAGAUACGCGGGACGAGGCUCGGCAGGCGCAGGCUCCGGCAGCGCGCUCUCCGCAGAACCCUCCAGCUCCGGAUCUCGUCCCGCAGAUGGGUCCAUCACCCCCGACAAUGCCGCGGCCGACGCCAGCGCGCCGGCAAAGUGA